UUCGCCCCUCUUCUCCUCCUUUCCCCCCCCUUUCCUUUCUCUAAUGGAUUCUCCUUUUCUCCGGUGCACCGCUUUAUCCCAUCGCGAGUGAGCCGCCGCGAAUCCCGAGAGGAGAAGUCUCCCGACAGGAGACAGCAUGGCGUCCAACAACACCCUGCGCAGCUACUCCAUCAUCCCAUGUUUCAUCUUUGUGGAGCUCGUCAUCAUGUCCGGCACGGUGUUGUUGGCCUACUACAUGGAGUGCACGGACCUGUUCAGCGUGCACGUGCAGGGCUUCUUCUGCAACGACGCCGAGCUGAUGAAGCCGUACCCCGGCACAGAGGAGUCUGGCUUCAUCCCCCCCCUCAUCCUUUACUGUGUGGUGGCUGCCGCUCCCACCACUGUGAUUUUCAUCGGAGAGGUGUCCAUGUAUGUGAUGAAGUCGACGAGGGAAGCUCUCCUGGCCCAGGAGAAAACCAUCGUGACAGGAGACUGUUGUUACCUCAACCCCCUCAUCCGCCGCGUCAUACGCUUCGUCGGUGUGUUUGCGUUCGGUCUGUUUGCCACAGACAUCUUCGUCAACGCGGGCCAGGUGGUGACCGGAGGCCUCUCGCCCUACUUCCUGUCCGUCUGCAAGCCCAACUACACCGGCACCGAGUGCCGCUUUAAUCACCAGUUCAUCGUCAACGGCAACCUCUGCACCGGGAACCCCGUUGUUGUGGAGAACGCUCGCCGGUCGUUCCCAUCCAAGGACGCUUCGCUGAGUGUAUACUCCGCUGUUUACCUGACGAUGUACAUCACCAGCACCAUCAAGACCAAGUCCAGCCGCCUGGCCAAGCCGGUGCUCUGUCUGGGCACGCUCUGCUCGGCCUUCCUCACCGGCCUCAACCGAGUCUCAGAGUACCGAAACCACUGUUCGGACGUCGUGGCCGGAUUUAUACUGGGAUCGGCCAUUGCUCUGUUUCUGGGUAUAUGUGUUGUGAACAACUUCAAAGGCGUCCACAGUGCAGCGGCUAAACAGAAAACCGAAGACUACCGUGGUCUUCCUCUGAUGACGUUCCCCCGCGUAGAGAGCCCUCUGGAGACCCUCAGCGCACAGCAAUGACACAUGUUCAGAAGAACAUACAGGCAUGACGUUUUGCACGACACCCCUGUCCUCCUUCCCAAACGCACACAACCUCACACAGAGCACUCCUGACACUGUUUGACAGUUAUUUCUUCUACUUCUCCAUUUCCACUCCUUUCCUCCUCUGUCUACUUUCUUUUCUUUUCUCUGUCAAUCCUUUCUACCUCUAUCUCCAUCCUCCCCUCCUCCCACCACGUCCAUUUUUCAGAACCACUCGGCAUCGAUGACGGAGGUCACAUGACUAAGGGGGCAGGACCGGGUCACGUUUGCGUCUCCACAGCACUUCCAGACACAAUGACGAGGACGCAUGCCACGUGGCUCUGAAUGCUUCACAAAAACAUUGCUGAUAUAUCUGUUUAAUUCACCCGAGGGACAAAAUACACAAUGUUUCUAACGGUUCUCAUCUCGUUGGGCUCUGCUCGAUUCGAUCUGCCAAGGCACAUCCAUUGCAUCGGUGACAAAUCACCAGCAAACUGAAGCACAGAUUGUUUAUCCAGAUAUUUGGAACCAUUUGAAACAUGGGGUAUUAUUUUCCCUCCACGGUGCGCUGUUUGUAGUUCGAGGGCGGUGUUUUGUACAUUUUGUAUGAGCGAGUGCUGUAGCCUAUCCUGAUGGCGCACUUCCUGUCAGCUGACUCCCGCUGUUUUACAUCACAUCCUGUCAGGUGACUUGUCGAUCACCACAUCUAUCCCCUUCAGUCUGAAAAAUGUGCUAUGGAUACAAUAUUGAUGUUGUUGUUCUGUGAUGUUUGUCAUUUGUACAGAAAAAAAAUGACAGAAUCCUUCUUUUUAUUAUCUCUCUCUGUACAUUAAUUGACCGUGUCAGGUCAUAUUUUGUAAAGAUUUUUGUCAAUCUGUAUGACUAUUAUGAUCCAUUUGGACCUGUUGCCUGCUGUGUAAACCUGGAUAUGUUUUGGUAUCAGUUUAGGUGUUUUGGGGAAUGAACCCUCUCCCCUUUGGAGGAAACGACAAGGAAGAGUCAGUGACAUCCUCCAAGUCAGAAAAUGGGGUUUGGCACUUAUAGUGCCAUGCUAUGAGCCACAAUGAGUAGGAAAUAAGUUGAAACUAUGAGAGCGUUUCACCUCAAUUUCCUGAUUCCCUGUGAUGUCAACGGGAUCUUGUUCUGCAGAGGUCCAGAGGGGCUAGCCUGUACCAGAUGCACCUGAGGAUUUCACUGGUAUGCUGUACAAAUACAUUUAACCUGAAGUUGCAGUAGCAGACAUCCUGAUAAAGGACAUUGAAAAAAAGAGAAAAGAAGACUGAAAUGCUCUUUCGAGUGAUUUACUAAAGGCGUGGCUAGCCCUCUUAUUGGAAACCAGAAUGACUCGUGCUUCACUUAUCCUCCUUGAGGCCCCCCCCCCCCGACCCACCAGUGGAUUGUGAUGCAAUGUUGUGACUCCAUUUCCUGUCGGAAGAUACGCCUAGCAUGAAGAGAGAGGUCAAGAUGUUUUUAGAGAUAUCCAUGAUUUCAAUUAUCCUCAUUAUCAUUGUGAUUAUCAACGUUUUUUUACUUUAAGAACAAAAAAAAAGUGUUUCAUUUGAGAAAUGCUACAAAUAUAUAUUUUCUUCGUUUGACCACAAAUUAAAUAGUCAGUAG